CGCCAGCCUAGCUCGCCCGCUCUCACGCCCGCCCGCCCGCCAGCCGCCCGCUGGGGACCCCUCGCUCGCCCGCCGCCGCGCCUUCGCCAACCCCUGCAGCCCGCAGCGCGCAGCCGGGACCCGGAGCCGCCGGAACCGCCGAGGUAUUAAGUAAGCUGCUGUUGUCGUCAUGGGGGAAAUAGAGCAGAAGCCUACCCCAGCAUCACGCCUGGGGGCCCAGGAGAAUUCGGGGAUCAGCACCUUGGAACGAGGACAGAAACCGCCACCCACACCUUCAGGAAAACUCAUGACCAUCAAAAUCCAGAUGCUGGAUGACACCCAGGAGGCCUUUGAAGUCCCACAACGAGCUCCAGGGAAGGUGCUGCUCGACGCCGUGUGCAACCACCUCAAUCUCGUGGAGGGCGACUACUUCGGCCUGGAGUUCCCCGACCACAAGAAGAUCAUGGUGUGGCUGGACCUCCUGAAGCCCAUUGCAAAACAGAUUCGAAGGCCAAAGCAUGUCGUCGUUAGGUUCGUGGUGAAAUUCUUCCCGCCUGAUCACACACAGCUCCAAGAAGAGCUCACAAGGUACCUGUUUGCUCUGCAGGUGAAGCAGGACUUGGCCCAAGGCAGGCUGACGUGCAACGACACCAGCGCCGCUCUCCUGAUCUCGCACAUUGUACAGUCCGAGAUUGGGGAUUUUGACGAAGCAUCGGACAGAGAACACUUAGCGAAAAAUAAGUACGUACCUCAGCAGGAUGCGCUGGAAGACAAAAUCGUGGAAUUCCACCACAGCCACAUUGGACAAACCCCAGCAGAGUCAGAUUUCCAGCUCCUGGAGGUGGCCCGGCGGCUGGAGAUGUACGGAAUCCGGUUGCACCCUGCCAAGGACAGAGAAGGCACCAAGAUCAACCUGGCUGUCGCCAACACGGGAAUUCUAGUGUUUCAGGGUUUCACGAAAAUCAAUGCUUUUAACUGGGCCAAGGUGCGGAAGCUGAGUUUCAAGAGGAAGCGCUUUCUUAUCAAGCUCCGGCCGGAUGUGAACAGCUCCUACCAAGACACCUUGGAAUUCCUGAUGGCCGGCCGGGACUUCUGCAAGGCCUUCUGGAAAAUCUGUGUGGAGCAUCAUGCCUUUUUUAGACUCUUUGAAGAACCCAAGCCCAAACCAAAGCCCGUUCUCUUCAGCCGAGGGUCGUCAUUCCGGUUCAGCGGCCGGACUCAGAAGCAAGUUCUGGACUAUGUGAGAGAGGGUGGCCACAAGAAGGUGCAGUUCGAAAGAAAACACAGCAAGAUCCAUUCCAUUAGGAGCCUCGCUUCCCAGCCCACAGCGUCGAAUUCGGAAGUGCCAAAACAGUCUCCGCAGAGCGCCAGCCUUACGUUUGGAGAAGGUUCUGAGUCUCCCGGUGGCCAGAGCUGCCAGCAAGCCAAGGAAGCAAAAGUCUCUGCCUUAGAGUCGGGACCACGCCAAAGCCCGGCUCUACCUAAGAGCCCUCCGGGGAGCAGAGCUACAGACGGAACCGCCACGGCGCCGCCCGAGGAAGAGGAAGAGGAGGAGGAGGAGGGUGGCAAGGAGGGCACCCAGCCAAGUAAACCUCAGCCCCCGCAGCCAAGCACAGGCUCCCUGACUGGUAGCCCUCACCUUUCAGAGCUGUCCAUGAACUCGCAGGGAGGAGUUGCCCCAACCAACGUGACCUUGUCUCCCAACCUGAGUCCCGACACCAAGCAGGCCUCUCCCUUGGUCAGCCCGCUCCUGAAUGACCAGGCGUGCCCCAGGACUGACGACGAAGAGGAGGGCCGGCGAAAGAGAUUCCCAACCGACAAGGCCUACUUCAUCGCUAAGGAAGUCUCCACCACUGAGCGAACGUACCUGAAGGACCUUGAGGUCAUCGCUUCGUGGUUUCAGAGCACGGUCAGCAAAGAUGACUCCAUGCCCGAAGCCUUGAAGAGUCUCAUAUUCCCGAAUUUCGAACCUUUGCACAAGUUCCAUACCAAUUUUCUCAAGGAAAUUGAGCAGCGACUUGCCCUGUGGGAAGGCCGCUCAAAUGCCCACGUCAGGGGAGAUUACCAAAGAAUCGGGGACGUCCUGCUGAAGAACAUUCAGGGCAUGAAGCACCUGGCAGCCCACCUGUGGAAGCACAGCGAGGCCUUGGAGGCGCUGGAGAACUCCAUCAAGGGCUCCCGGCGGCUGGAGCACUUCUGCCGAGACUUCGAGCUGCAGAAGGUGUGCUACCUGCCCCUCAACACCUUCCUCCUGCGCCCGCUGCACCGCCUCAUGCACUACAAGCAGGUCCUGGAGCGGCUGUGCAAGCACCACCCCCCUAGCCACGCUGACUUCAGGGACUGCCGAGCUGCGCUGGCCGAGAUCACAGAGAUGGUGGCACAGCUGCAUGGUACGAUGAUCAAGAUGGAGAACUUCCAGAAGCUGCAUGAGCUCAAGAAGGAUCUGAUCGGCGUCGACAAUCUUGUGAUCCCCGGAAGGGAGUUCAUCCGCCUGGGCAGCCUCAGCAAACUCUCCGGGAAGGGGCUCCAGCAACGAAUGUUCUUUCUGUUCAACGAUGUCUUGCUGUACACCAGCCGGGGGCUGACCGCAUCCAACCAGUUUAAAGUCCAUGGACAGCUCCCACUCUACGGCAUGACGAUGGAGGAGAGUGAAGAGGAGUGGGGGGUACCCCACUGCCUGACGCUGCGGGGCCAGCGGCAAACCAUCAUCGUGGCGGCCAGUUCCCGGUCAGAGAUGGAAAAGUGGAUGGAGGACAUCCAGAUGGCCAUUGACCUGGCUGAGAAAAGCAACGGGCCCGCCCCUGAGCUCCUGGCCGGCAGCCCCCCUGACAACAAGUCCCCAGAUGAGGCCACGGUGGCGGCUGACCAGGAGUCAGAGGACGAUCUGAGUGCUUCGAGAACCUCGCUGGAGCGCCAGGCCCCUCACCGUGGCAACACGAUGGUGCACGUGUGCUGGCAUCGCAACACCAGCGUCUCCAUGGUGGACUUCAGCGUUGCUGUGGAGAACCAGCUGUCUGGGAACCUGCUGAGGAAGUUCAAGAACAGCAACGGGUGGCAGAAGCUGUGGGUGGUGUUCACCAACUUCUGCCUGUUCUUCUACAAAUCACACCAGGACAAUCACCCCCUCGCCAGCCUGCCCCUGCUGGGCUACUCACUCACCGUUCCCUCCGAGUCCGAGAACAUUCACAAGGACUACGUCUUCAAGCUGCAUUUCAAGUCCCAUGUGUACUACUUCAGGGCCGAGAGCGAAUACACAUUCGAGAGGUGGAUGGAAGUCAUCCGAAGCGCCACCUGCUCAGCCUCCCGGGCCCACAUUUUGAGUCACAAAGAAUCUCACCUGUAUUGAUGGCUGGAUACACUGGUUGUUCCAGCCGUAGCUGCUUUCUUGGAAGAUACAAUGAAGCCUAGCAGAAUUCCCACCUGUCUGAACACACUGAAGAUCUAUCUGCAGCGAUUCUCACCCCGCCCCCUCCACAGGCCAAUCUCCAAACCUUGUCGUCUCCAGUACUGAUCUCUCCUUGGAACAGCCUCUCCCCUCCAAGCGAAGGGGAGGGAGGGCUUGUCUUGCCAUCCUCGUGGGGGCGCUCCAGCUUGUGCCAGUAUUGAGACAUUGUCAUCAAGAAGUGCCAAAUGACAGUCUGCCCUGCAAGCGCACGCCAGUGCAGGGCCCACAUCCGUUCACAUGAAGACACAAGUGCGCUUCUUUUCUUAGGAAGGAAUGUGUUCCUUUCCACCCGUAGACUGCCGUUUCCCAAAAUGGGCUUCUCCAGUGUCUACAACACACAGCGCCGUCUUAAGCAAAUGAGAUCAUUUUCGGAUUUGGUUUUUUUUCCGGUCUUUCUACUUUUGUAAUAGGACACUUGUAGGACUCACCUCCCUUGACUAAUAAGCAAUUUGUGUGCACUCCGUUCCACGGAAGGGUUUGGCUCCAGUGAGAGCCUGGUUACCAGACCUAUUUCCUUGGUGGAAGCUGACCAAACUGUUUGUGGUUCUUAUUUACAAACUGUAGCGGGGUUGUUUUCUGUUAAGAGAAACAGAUAUCCAGUGCAAUACCCGGGCGUGGUGUGUACAGUGGGGGGCUCUUACGCUGUGAUGUUUUGCUGUCUGUUUCACAAGCAUGAGAAACCAUGUCGUCGACCAGGGCCAUUUGUGCUGUUACGUCAUGGGGCGUUGAGUGAGCUUCGCGGAGAAGCACGGUGUGGUCAUGGUACGUAGUCCCAGCCCUGGGGAUCGGACCCACUUCCUCCUGACGCCAUGGCUCGACCCUGCACAUCCUGUAGUACUUCUCUGUCGUGCCUGUCUUCAAGUCUCUCUCUUUUAUACGCAUUCCUUCCGGGCAUGGGGUACAGACUCCUGGGGACUUGGCCGCCAAACACUACCUGAGCCUCCCAGUGGAAAAACGUUUGCCUGUUCUCUAGGGUGACUGGGUGGCUGCCGUUCCCUUCACGCAUAGAGCCUUCUACAACGCAAGGUGGCCAGGUCAGCCCUACAUCCCAGUGAGAAACAGACCCACCAGCGUCAGGGGGCUGUGGCUGGUGUCCACGACCCACCGAUGGCUGACGAGUGAGAAGUGCUAAUCAUUUGCCUUACAAUGUACCAGACGGUUCUAAAGGGAAUAAAAAUACCUCACGCCAUAAUCCAGCACACAGAAGUCUGAGGGCAAAACCA